UCCGGGCUCUGGUCUCUUGGGCUGGGCGACUGCCACCCUCCCCUGGCAGCAGUGCGCAGGGGCCAGGAAAGGUCAACAGCUGGACCACAGGAGCUGCGAGGAGGAGGAGGAGGCAGAUGGACUCCCAAACAAACAGGAUGGGUGCCCCGCCGCCCAGCCCCCUGAGCCUGGAGUACCUGGACAACAUCGACCUGCUGCGCUUCGAGGUGAAGCAGGAAGUGGCCCGCACCGGGGGCAGCUUCUCCCUGAGCUCCACGCCCUGCAGCUCCGUGCCCCCUUCGCCCACCCUGGACAAGACGGGAGACCCCAAGUCCACCCUGGAAGAGCUGUACUGGAUGGCCACGCUUCACCAGACGCUGGCGGCGGCAGCGGCAGCAGGGGGCGGCCCCGAAGCCCAGCUGAUGCCGGGUCUGGACGAGGCAGUGGAAGCUCUACUGGGGGUCCCGGUGAUGGACGGGGGUCUUCGCGGCGGAACGGCCCCACAGCUCCAAGGUUUCUUAGGGGCUGUCGAGGGACCCGGUGGGGAACAGCAGCAGCUGGCCACGCUCUGCGACCGCUUCUCCGACGCGCAGCUGGUCUCCAUGUCGGUGCGCGACCUCAACCGCCAGCUGCGCGGCUUCGGCAAGGACGAGGUGCAGCGGCUCAAGCAGAAGCGGCGCACGCUCAAGAACCGCGGCUACGCCCAGUCGUGCCGCUUCAAGAGGGUGCAGCAGCGCCACGUCCUGGAGGCCGAGAAGUCCCAGCUGGCGCAGCAACUGGAGUCCCUUCGCGCCGAGGUGGCGAGGGUGGCUCACGAAAGGGACAUCUACAAGGCCCGCUGCCAGAAGCUUCUGGGGGACGCCGGCGCAGGGGGACACUGUGGCGAGGGGGCAGAGCCUCCGACACCUCAGCCCACCUCGAUGGCACAUUUUUACCUAUGAGCAGCUCCCUUCCUGGCGCGAUGGACUGUGGGUGGCGGGUGGGAGCGAGGGAACUGGGCGGGUUGCUUUCUUGCCCCACCAACAUGGCCACUGGGGGGCGCUAUGGACCAAGGGGCUGUCCCCCUCUUACUCUCCACUAGGGGGCAACAUGAACACAGGCACUCCCCUUUUCCUGGCACCAGGUGGCGCAGGAGCACAUAGGCCGCCAGGCGAGGAGACGAUCUCCACGGCAAAAACAUCUCUCAGGUCUCGCGGCUGCCGUGGCUCCUUCCCCUCCAGGGAACCCCGGGAACUGGAGUUUCCCAAGGUUCCCGGUGGCGCCGAAGCCCCGUCGAGUCUUUUGUGAAGCUAUCCCGGGAGCUCUUGGGCUUUCUGAGAAGUGUGCUUUCUACAUCGUUCUUGCCUCCACCGCCAGGCAAAGGAAAAAAUAAUAAAAGCCAGAGAGAGUGUGUGUA